AUGACGAACACCGACGAGAAGAUGACGAGCAUCGACGAGAAGAUGGCAGGUGCUGAGUUCAAGGAGGUAGCUCCUGAAUCUGGACCCAUCACACCGCAGCAGAUUCAGGCUCGCUUCGAAACAUUGAGAGAUUUGAGCCAGGAACAAAUGGAUGCGUUGAACAAGAGACUUGUCAAGCGGCUUGACUGGAGACUCAUGCCAUGCAUCACUCUGAUGUUUCUCAUGAACUACCUCGAUCGCAUCAACGUGUCCAAUGCACGCCUGGCUGGGCUACAAAAGGACUUGCACAUGAGCGACACUAUCUGGAAUACGGGUAUAUCAACCUUCUACGUCGGCUAUCUCGUUGGCCAACUCCCCGGUAACCUGUGGCUCGCAAAGGCCGACCCAAGAUGGCUUCUGCCGUCCAUGAUGAUGGCAUGGAGUACCGCCACAAUCUGUAUGCCAGCAAUGACCAGUGGAGCUGGCUUCGCCGUGUGUCGUUUCUUCAUCGGCUUGUCUGAGGCGCCUUUCUUCCCGGGUAUCACGCUGAUGACAUCUUCCUGGUACACCAAAGAGGAGAACCCCAUGCGUAUGGCUAUCUGGCAUGCAGGAAACACCAUGUCGAAUAUCUUGUCUGGAUUCUUGGCCGCCGGUAUCUUGACAAACAUGGACGAGGUUCUCGGACUCCACGCAUGGCAAUGGUUCUUCAUCAUCGAAGGCGCUGCAUCUAUUCUUGUGGCCGCCGGUGCCUACUUCCUGCUUCCCUCGUGGCCGCACGACACCAAAUGGCUGACCCCGGAAGAGAGCGAAAUGGCCAUGUACCGCGUACAAGUGUCCAACGGCGGCCAUGACGAGGGUGUCGGCGGCACGUGGGAUGGUGUCAAAGCCGCAGCCGCAGAUCCAUUUACCUGGUACUUCUGCCUGAUGCACUUCGCGCUCGUAACAGCGCAAAGCUUCAAGGAUUUCCUGCCAUCGGUACGUCCCCAUGUCCAGUACCACUUACUCCUUAUUCCAGUGGCUAACCUCAAGAAUCAGAUCAUGAAGACAUUCCACUUCUCCGAACUAACCACCUACCUCGUCCAAGCCCCUCCCUACGCCAUCGCCUACGCCUUCGCCUGCGGAAUGGCAUACACAUCCGGCCGCUUCCAAGAAUCCUACUACCACAUCGUGCUCCCCAUCGUCAUGUCCGCCGUCGGCUGCGCCGCCCUCAUCGGCACCCUCAACAUCGGCGCCCGCUACGUCGGUCUCAUCCUGCUCAUCAGCGGCACCUACUCCGGCCUCAAUCUGCAAUUGAGCUGGGAGACGACGCUUGUCCCCGCGCCUAGGAGUAAGAAGGCGGCACUUAUUGCGAUUGCGAAUUGCAUUAGUCAGACUAGUCAUUGGUUUAGUCCGUACUUCUUUCCGACGAGUCAGGAGCCGUUUUAUCGCCUCGGUGGGGGGUUGAUUCUUUUUGGGUGUGCGGCUUGUGUUGUUAGUGCUACGUUGGUUAAGAUGAGGGCGAAGAGUUUGAAUAGGAGGUUGGAUGAGGCGGAGGGGUGGAGUGAGCAUACGGGUGUUGAGAGGGGGUGGAGGCAUGUUUACUAG